AUGUCCCUGCCGAAAGCCCCUCCAUCCGCAACACACGCCGACCAGCCCCCACGUACACAGAACGGCAGGCACGUGCACACCAUCCACCAUCACCCUCCUCCCGUCCUCCUGAAAGCGCGCCGGUCGCAACCCCUCUGCUUCCCCCCCUUCUCAGAACUUAGUCUGCCGAACUGCACCAAUCUGCCCGCUUCCCUUGCCGCUCUCGUACCUCGCCACUAUUUCAAGCACGUCCACCUCUAG